AACUUUGUCCCAGAACAUAGAGUUGUGUUAAAGAAACGCACAUACACACAACGCAUGAGUGAAUAAUCCAGAAGACAACGCAGGAGUCUCUGUUUUCUUUCUGGAUUUAACAUUUUGAUAUUUUCUACCUAGAUCAUCAUGGCACUUCUCUCAGAUAUGGGUUACUCAGGACUUGAACUGCUUGAUCUUCUGCUUGAACAGCCCCAUAACAUCUCUCAUGUGGAGAGCAAUGGUGACCAUGGGAACCCCGUGUGGUCAAUUGCAGAGCAAAAUAUUUUGUCUCAUGAUGAGGGCGUUGUCGAUAACUUCCUGGACUCUCUGUUGCAAGCGUCAGACGGUGUGUCGAACCCUUGCUCACCUCUGUGGGUAUCCUCUCCAUGUGACAGCGGAAUCAGUGACGACACCCCGUCAGAUCACCUGGACAGCCCGCUGCCGCCCGACUCUAUCAUCCUUCCUCACCAACCUUAUCUUCAUCCUCAUCAUCUUCAUCAGCACGGAGAAGAGCAGAGAGCACCCGGCACAAACCACAAGGCUGAUAUCUCCAUUGAUCUGGCGGAUUGGGAGGUCUGUUUAUUCUCUAAUGGUCAGCCAAACUCACAAUGUGCAUCAACAACACAGCGAAUUCAACCAACACCAGGUUACCAGCUCACCGUAAAAGAUCUGCUACUCUCUAGCAUUGGAGAAACAUCCAAACCAUCUGACCAGCAAUCUCAGCAAGAGCUGAUUCUCAACGAGGAUGAGAAGAAACUUUUAGCUAAAGAAGGAGUCUCUCUUUCCAGUCAACUGCCUCUUAACAAGUAUGAAGAAAAGAUUCUAAAGAAGAUUCGGAGGAAAAUCAGGAACAAGCAGUCGGCACAGGAAAGUCGGAAGAAGAAAAAGGAAUAUGUUGACGGACUUGAGGGAAGGAUGUCUGCCUGCAGCCAACAAAAUCUGGAGCUACACAAAAAAGUCCUACAGCUGGAAAAGACCAACAUGUCUCUGAUGGAGCAGUUACGUCGACUGCAGGCUCUAGUGAUGAACAGCUACAGUAAACCUGCUCAAACUGGCACCUGCAUUCUGGUACUGGUUCUCUCUUUCUCUCUCAUUGUGAUGCCAAACCUUCAUCCUGGCUUUCACAGAAGGAGCACAAACCCUGGGGACUUCAGCACUGCCAAAGUUCAGUCCAGGUCACUUCGCUCUGUAAUGGAGGUCUACAGCAUGCAGCCUGGGUUUGCGGUCAGCGGCGACGUCGUGGUGUCGGCGUCUCCACGCACCAACCUUCGACUCAGACCCGAGUAUGCUGACAUGGAGCCGUUACCUCACAACCACAGCUACGAGGACCACGAGCAUCAUCAUGGCGACCCCAUCACCGGUCACCCUGCCACAUUGAGCUGGCUAUCUCACCCUGAAAAAGACAGGAAGUGAUGUCAUUGAUUAGGCUGUUUGUUGUAGUUUUUUCUGGCCAACACCUGCCCACUGGGAGGCGAUGGUGUGUGACAUGUAAAGUGACCAAUCACAGUCUGCUUCGAGCCAUUAAGGGGCCGUUUUAUGUUAUGCACAAUAGUAUACCUUGGUGUUGUAGUAUCUGUGACUGGUCGCAAAGGGGGAAAAGAUAAAUAAGCUGCGCGCAGACUGAUCUUCUGUCUGUUUCAAAGUAACAAGUACUUAUUAUUCUGCUACUAAGUUUAUUUUCGA